AGGGGGCGGGAUGAGCAGAGAAGCCAAGGUGCCCAACCGCCUCGGCAGCCCCUGCCUCCCUCCAGGGCUCCAACAGCAGGAGCAGGAGCACGAGCAGCAGCAGCAGAUACCGCAGCACGGGAGGCGCGCGGGAGCUGACGGGAAGGGGGCGGGGCCUCGAGGGGGGAGGGUACGGAGGGGAGGUUGGGCAAAUACCGGGGGCGGGAUCCAGGCUCUGCGGCAGCAACAGGGCGCGGUUGGCCUCGGGGAAACGACGGGGGAGGGGAGCACUGGCACCGCGGGAGCCACAACCUGUCUUGUUGCCCCUGGGCUGGAGCAGACGCGGGCCUCAGUUCCUCGAGCCGCCUCCCCUCCGCCCCCGCGGCCUAGAGGAGCCCCUCCCUGAAGCAUGUUUUUCACUUGUGGCCCAAAUGAGGCUAUGGUGGUCUCGGGUUUCUGCAGAAGCCCCCCUGUCAUGGUGGCAGGAGGCCGGGUCUUUGUCGUGCCCUGUAUCCAACAGAUCAGGAGAAUCUCUCUCAACACACUGACCCUCAACGUCAAGAGUGAGAAGGUCUAUACUCGUCAUGGGGUUCCCAUAUCAGUUACUGGCAUUGCCCAGGUGAAGAUCCAAGGCCAGAAUAAGGAGAUGUUGGCUGCUGCCUGUCAGAUGUUCCUAGGGAAGACUGAGGGUGAAAUUGCCCAUAUUGCACUGGAGACUUUGGAGGGCCACCAGAGGGCAAUCAUGGCCCACAUGACAGUAGAGGAGAUCUAUAAGGAUCGCCAGAAAUUUUCAGAGCAAGUAUUCAAAGUAGCUUCAUCUGACCUUGUCAACAUGGGCAUCAGUGUUGUUAGCUAUACUCUCAAGGAUAUUCAUGAUGACCAGGAUUAUUUGCACUCCCUGGGGAAGGCUCGAACAGCUCAGGUCCAGAAAGAUGCACGUAUUGGGGAAGCUGAGGCCAAAAGAGAUGCUGGGAUCCAGGAGGCGAAGGCAAAACAGCAGAAAGUGUCUGCUCAGUACGUGAGUGAGAUAGAGAUGGCCAAGGCCCAGAGGGACUAUGAGCUGAAGAAGGCUGUCUAUGACAUUGAGGUCAACACUCGACGUGCACAGGCCGACCUGGCCUACCAGCUGCAGGUAGCAAAGACAAAGCAGCAUAUAGAAGAGCAGCGGGUGCAAGUGCAGGUGAUAGAGCGGACCCAGCAGGUGGCAUUGCAAGAACAGGAAAUAACUCGUCGAGAGAAGGAGCUGGAAGCUCGAGUGAAGAAGCCCUCAGAGGCCGAGCGAUACCGCUUAGAAAGACUAGCUGAGGCAGAGAGGUCCCAGCUGAUUAUGCAAGCAGAGGCUGAAGCUGAGUCCAUUCGGAUCCGUGGGGAAGCAGAAGCAUAUGCUAUAGGGGUCCGGGCCCGGGCAGAGGCUGAGCAGAUGGCAAAGAAGGCAGAGGCCUUUCAGUUGUACCAGGAGGCUGCCCAACUGGACAUGUUGCUAGAGAAACUGCCCCAGGUGGCAGAGGAGAUCAGUGGUCCUCUGAGUUCUGCCAAAAAGAUCACACUGAUAUCUAGUGGGGGAGGUACACUGGGUGCUGCCAAAGUAACCGGGGAAGUAUUGGACAUCCUAAGCCACCUGCCAGAUUGUGUGGAGAAGCUCACAGGUGUCAGCAUUUCCCAGGUAAAUUAGAACAAGCCAGUUUUUGGAGCAACAACAAAAGGAGGGUAUGGAUUAAGUUCCUAUUCCCUCACGCACCAGUCAACACUUAUGUGAAAUUUUCCUGAACUGAGCCCUGGCUUCCUUGUUCUGCCCCAGUCGGAAUGGCCCUACUUCCUUCCACAUUGGGGUGGAAGGACCUUCCUGCUCAUUUGCCUGUGCCUUGUUGUGGGGUGCUGCUCCCUAUUCCUGACCCCACACUGGCAUAAGCUGUCCUUUCCCAAGCUGGUGACCACUUACCCCCAAUACACACUUAUUUAGCCAUCUAAUUAAAUGAUUGUCUGCCUGAGUUCUGGCCUUUUCCCCCCACUUUUUCUUUAAUGAAAAGCCUAGCAUAUAUUUAGUUUAGUUAUGGAAAGGAGAUAAAGGUGAACACAGGCUUCAUCAAAUCCCAGGAUACUUGGUUCUCCUUAGGCUGAGAAAUAGCUUUAGAAUGAAUGAGAAAUUCUAUUCCAGAAACUUGAGAAUGAAAAUAUAGAAGACUCUUAAAGAGAGGGACUGCUUGGAACUUUUAAGUGGCAUAAUGGAAAACCGUACCAUGGUGCCUCUUUCAAGAAAGAGACCUUGGUAUUGAUAUGGCAUUUUUAUCUUUGCUGAGUAGCCACUGAAAGUCUGCUUCUGGCAAACUGUUUCAAUGUUCUAUCAGAUUUGUCCCAUUCCCACUCCAAUUUAUAAUCCAACCUGAUUGUACAACUGCUGAUCUGAAGGGCAGUGAAAGGAAAACUCCCAAGUCCCACCCCAAACCUUGUAUCCCCACCUCCCAUCUCCUCACCACCAAGAAUCAAGCAGACAUUUGAGCUUUUGGA